AUACAUCUUAUAGAUAAAGAUAGGCUUGCAUCGUACAUCAUUUUAAUGUAUUGGUACAAAAGUGCCAGUAGUAAGGAAAAUGUGUGAAGACUUUUGUAUCCGCUAGGUGGCGCUACAGCACAGGGAAGCUUUGAGCUGCCCUGUGUCCGGAAAUCGGCGUUUGUAUUGUCAAGGCAUCAUGGCGACAUCGGAGAACUGGGUCUUGGACAGCGUUGUUCAGUUCCUGCGCAGUCCCACCUGGACGGUGCCGGUUAUGAAUUUCAUAGAGGAGAAUUGUUUAGUUUUUGACAAUAAUGAGGAAAACAAGUUGGAAUACACAGAGGCUCACAACCAGUACAAGGGCAUGGUGGAAGCCCUACUUGGAAGUUUCAUGGAGGAUCUGGGGAUCACAGAGGACCAGUUUACAGAAGGCUGUAAGAAAGAGCUUGUAUCUGCGCAGGCCGGCACAUAUCCAUUGGGUCUGUUCCAGCAGCUCUGGGCAGCUGACAACUUCUUCAGCUUCAAGGCUAUGAUGGUCCAGACCAGGGUUGAGCUGGAGCUCCAGGCUUUACACUUGUUAAAACACCAGAAUGGGAUGGAUCCUGACUCCAAGGCUAGAGAAGCCACGGGGGGUCCUGGGGAGGAGGAAGAUGAUGAAGAAGCAAUACUGCAGGAGGUGCUCAGGAAAUCCAAGGAGGAGUACGAGGCCCAACAGAAGGGCAAGAAAUCCAAGACUUCCUCAGACAUAGAGAGAGUCAUGCAGGAGUCUAAAGAUGAGCUGGCUCGCAUGGAGGAACUUCUCAAGAAGGAGAGGGAAAUGCUGGAUAAAGCAUUAAAGUUGUCACUAGAAUGUAUGCCCAAAGUUGAUGGUGAUGAGGAUCAGGAUGGGGCUGACAGCAAAGCUGCAGAGAAGAGCGACACACCUCAGGGCAAGCCUGCUGCAGUUAUAGCACAGGCAUCAGCACCCAAAAAGGAGGAGGCCAAACUCAGCACUGCUCCAGCUAAACAGUCCUCAUUAUCUGACCUCCCAACAGCACGAGUAGCACCCGUCCGACCCCACAAACCACAGUCCCCACCGCCCACACAGCCUCCCCCCCAGAAACCCAAACCCUCCGCCCCUCCCCCAGGACCUCCCCAGAGAGAGCUGAGUAGUUCAGAGGCAGCUGCCGCUUGGCUAAAGGGAGCGCAGGCAGAGGCAGGGCAUACCAGUGACUCAGCUGGAUCUGCAGCUGCAGGUCCGGGUGAUGAUGAGCUGAAGAGGAGACAGGAGCACCUGCGGCAGCAGCGCGACAAGCUGAUGGCCAUGAAGAAGAAAGAGAGGGAGAAACAGCUCCAGCAGUACAACCAGACAAACAACCGACCCAAAUCAUCCAAGAUGGCAGAACGGGUUGCUGCAGGAAAAAUGGAGUCAGUCCAGCCGACGCCCAGCGAGGAGGACACCAAGAAGCUGCAGAUGAGGCUGACUCUUGCCGAGAGGCUGAAACAGGAGGUCAUCGGGAAGAAGUAGCUGUCAUCAUGUCAUCAUUUCAUUGGGGCUCCAUCUGGCUUUCAUCUACACAUGUCCUCAGCAACAUAUAAUGGUAGCAGUGUUACCACAGUAUACACUUUUGUUUUGAUCUUAAGGGAAGAUAUUUUGUUUUCAAGUUUUGAACACUGUGGGCUGUGCCCUGUGUUUUAACGUACAGUUUGUUACUGUCACCCUUCUCAUGUUAAUGGCUGUACUAGGGUGCUCCCACAGACACUCACAGAAUUGAUGUUUUUGUAGAUUUUUCCAGCCCUAAUUUGUAUAGCACUGUAGAGACCCGUGAUCUAACAGCAAUAAUGUGAUGAAAUUUGGAGAACCGGAAGGAAUCCUGUUGUUUUAUCGGUCAAAGUGAGCUCAUGGUAAUGUUAAAGGUCUGCUGUGUAUAGAAUACAUUAAGCUCACUCAGAAAUUUCUAAGCACAAACAUAUCACAGCUGCCUAACAUACAUCACAUGUUAAACAGCUGCUGCCAGGUGUUCCACACCCUUCAGUGGCUCAGCACAUUAUCACUUGUACCUGUUAGGCUUCCUCUCGACAUGGCUGCAUUUUGCAGAUGGUCCAUUGAGCAGCCAAAAUUGGAUCUGUGUGACCCUUGAUUUCUAUAACUGGAAUAUGCUGCACCAUGAAAAAGUAUGUUUAAAGAAACAACAUCACAUACAAUCCAUUAAAGAUUUCAUUAUGUAGGAAAUUUGUUGAGCAUCUCUCAACAUCUUUAGUUUUACUGGUAUAUGAAAGCUCAGCGAUACAGAUACUCAUACUGUCACUUUCUUAGGCAUCAUCUAGACUGUCAGAAAUGGAAACUUGCCUUCUCCUUGUCGACUUGUGCAAUGGUGCAAUCUGUUUUGGCACUUUGUUGUUUUUGAUCAAUGUGGUGUUGAAUUAUGUGCAUAUUGACAGAAAAGUUUGGGAUUAUGUCUGUAAUGCAAUGGUAUUGACCAGGACUGCUAGUUAGUGCAAUAGAUCCUUGCCUUACUGUUAGUUAAUUAGAAUGUAAUGUCUAUCUUCUCAUGUGCACUUAUCCAGGUAUGUAGGUAGCACCUUUCUCACACUGAGAUACCAAAGUACAGCAAACUGAGCUAUAUUGUUUGAGCGUAAGGUGAAACAAGAUUGGACAAGGUACCAAACUUCAGAUUAAAGAUUGACAACAUGAAAUUGUUAAAGCUAAAUCAUGUGGACAAAAGUGUGGACCAAAGCACAAGGAGGAUGUACUUUAUGUAGGGGCAUGGAAUUGUUUAUACCUUAUAUGGGAAAAUUUGUUUGUUGCUGUUUAUGGACAGGUGAUUAUGUUGUGAUGUUUUUGGCCCAUACAACUGUGCAAACUUCUCAUACAUAUCCACAGAAACAGUAGAACACAAGUUUGUUCACACAAGAGACUUGCAGGCCUCCCAUACUACUGCCUGCAAAGAGCUGCAGAAUUUUAGAAUUAAAAGUAAAAAAAUUCACAUAUUUCCUGACUCUGUUAACAGAUAUACUUGUACAUGUGCUGUACCCUUAAACUAUAUCUAUUCCCACUUGCAACAUUCUUUACAUAGAUUAUGAAUAUUACUCAUCAUUGCUAUAAAGAUUUUCAUUUCUGUACAUAAAAUUUUCAUGUAGCUUUAAGAUUUUAAUGCCAAAAAGUUACAUGUCUUGUUACAUGUCUGUUUUAUGAAGUGUUGUAUAAUUAUGUACUGAUGUUUGCAACUCAUACGCUGGUCAAUUCAAUGCAAAUGUAUUCACUCAAUGCGUUCCUUCCUGUUGGUACACAUGUACUUGAAGUAUGCAAAUAUUAGUUUCCCAAGCCACAAAAUGUUUCAUGUAAAGGAUGCUUCUAUGCAGCAUCAACUAUAGAUACCACAUUUUGCAACUCACAAUGAACGAAAGAAAUAGAGUGCAUAUAUCACUUGC